UCAGACGAUAUUACUUGAUCUAACGUAAAGUGAUUCUUGUGAUAUAUCAAUUGUCAUAACGUAUGGAUAUACAGGGAAGGCUAUAUGUUAUUAUAAAGUGUUUUAGCUUUGAUUGUGAUAAUUACAAAGUUGAUUUGGAUGAAAUGUUUCCAACGUUACAAUGAAAAACUCAGUGGAGGAACGUUGUAUAGUUUGUCAUCUAGUGUUUUGCUGUGGAGAUUGUCGUUGGAGGCAUGAAAAGAUCACACACGGUCUGACUUAUGAUUGUCCCAUUUGCCGAGGUCGCAGAUUCCUUUGUCGACCUGAAGACUUAAAUGAAGACUUUAUUCACCACCUAACAACAGAACAUUUGCCACUACAGUGCAAGAAGUGCAAUAAGUUUUUCUUGACAAUGGAAGAUUUUGAUGAAAUCGAUAAAUGUACUACUAUAUCUGAGCUGGUGGAUGAAGAUAAGAAAGAUUUAAAUGUGGACGAUAAAUUCGAUUCAAUAUAUGAAAAGGUUAACAAUAAUGAUGCUGACAAAUUCGAAGCUAUUGUUUCUGUUAAUAAUACCACCAAAACAGCCAUUAUUACGCCAAUCGUACGUAAGAAAUAUCUAGUCGAUUAUGAAUCUAGUGAUACCGACUAUGAAGACAGUCCGAAAGAACCAAUUAUGGCAACACCACAUCCAAAAUUGGCUCCAAAAACACCAAAAUUUAAAAGGCAACGCAUAGCCACGCCUCAUGCUAAGAAAUUUCUAAGUUUAAUGAGGCAACAGGUAGUUGAAGAAGAAGAAAAUAUUGAUAUUGAAGAUGAUGAUUAUGACGAUUCACCGAUCAGUAAAACAACGCCGUCUAGAAGUGAAAAUAACGAAAUUACAGAUUCCGGAAAAGACAUGACAACACCAAAUUCACACCUGCCCCACGUCAUGAAGCUUGCGCAGAUUGUAACUACUAGUACGCCGACCCACCCUGCUGCGGGGGGAAACUGGUCUAUGUUCCCGGGACCUGGAAAUGACUCUCCUCUAUCAGAAAUCGAAACUACUGAAAGCCCAGCUCAAAGUAUUGACAAAGAGAUGGAGCCAUGUAAAACAGACGAUCUCGCACCAAAACUAAAAAGUAUAAUAAUUAUUGGCAGUCGCCCUAAGCUCGGUAGUCAAGAUAGUUCAGAAAAACAAGUUACGUUCCAGGAUAGUGAAAAUAAUAAUGAAUCUUCUAUUAAAACCAAAAAAGUUAAAUUUGCUGAUGAUACUGUUUUUGAACAGGAACCUAAAAGAAAGCGAGUGUUCAGAAAACCGAAGCGUAUGUUAACGCCUGGUCCGCAAAAGCCAAGGUAUACGUAUAAUCCACGUUUUCAAGCUUUAAUCAAUCGAUUCGAAAGUCAAGCCAUGACGUUAGCGCGUACACCACUAAACACCAAGGAGCACAAAGAAAAAGAUUUAGAAGACACACCACCGGCCGGAGACCAUAAUAAACCUGCACGAGCAAUCAGUUUCAAAGACGAUAGCCCGGUUGUGGAAACGGAAAGUCAAUCGAAAGAGUCAAAUGAAUUAUUCAACACCUGCGUCGAAUCUCCAGUUGGACCGAUCAACAAUGCAAUAUCAACGCUAACAGCAAACAUUGCGGGCUCACUUCAGACCUGUCUCACGUCUGUUUUACGCUCGACCGACGACGAAACAGAGAUACAAUUCAAAUUCGUUAUCACAAAGAAAAAAGUUUGCGUUAGAAGGAUAGCUGAGGACGGUAUAUGCGAAAAUUUAACCGAAGUAGAUAGGGAAGAGCAAACGAAUAAAGAAAAUAUUUGGUCGUCUGUCGCGAGAGCCGUUAAGAAUGUAUUUUGGGGUAACCAAGUCACACCAUACACGCAAAACGAUUCUAGUGAUAGUUCUUCAGCUUCUAAGAGAAAAUUUGAACAGAUGUCAGAUUCGGAAAUGAGUCCAUUGAACCAUAAGCGUCACAAAUACGAGGGCAGAAUCAGAGGCAGACCUCCUCUCCACAGGAGUAGACCCUGUGGCGUUUCUACGUUAAGGAACUCUCAUUCCGCGGAACAGCAUUCGAUAUUUAAGGAACUUUCAAUGAACCAGGACGAUGCCAUGAAUUUGAGUUUCUGAUACACGAAAAGAUAAUCCGUAUGUUUAGUUACUAUGUAAUAAGCGUGACUUUGUGUUGACGUGUUCGAAGAUUUGUGUAAUUCUAUUAGGAAAGUUAAAUUGUAAUUUGAUGAUUUUACCAUUUUAUAAUUAAUUUCUUUAACUGAUUUAAAAGUUAUAUCUGUCAUUCUUAAUUUAUUUUUUGUUCUGUGUUAAUGAAUACAAAAUAAUUAAAGA